AUGUUCAAACAUUGCGUGUUCAUUCCCGUGACUGUGUUGCAGAUUGGUGUCACCCCACCCUACCGACUUACGACUGCACCAAUUGCCUACCUAGCUUUAAUGACACUUUCCUCGACAUUCUUAUGUCAGUCCCGAGGCAUCACAAGGCUUGGAGUUCUCAGAGUGGAUCAGUUUCUUGCAUCUCCGCGAGCUCGAGUUGUGAAUGGAUUCAGCCUUAAACACGACCUACACCUCAUUCCAGCCAACGUCAUCUCGAAAAAGUCUAAGCACAUGAUGGCAACCACUAAUUCUCCGAAAAUUGCACCUUAUGGAACGUGGGAGAGCCCCAUCUCGAUCGAAACGAUCUCGGGGAAGUCGAUUUCCCUACAAGAAUGUGCCGUUUCACCUCUAACUAAGGCAAUUUACCAUCUUGAAGGAAGACCUGCUGAGGCUGGCCGAAGUGUCCUCUGCUACACGCCUUUUAAUUCCUCAAGCAGAUUAGAGGUCAUCCCAAAAGACUAUAACUGCAGAACGAGUAUUCAUGAAUAUGGCGGCGCAGCAUUUAAGCCCUAUCCGGCCGAGGAGGCGGUAGUCUUUACUAUCCCUGGAGAUAGCAGAAGUGUUUAUAAAGUAGCUUUGACAAAGGAUGAUCAUGGAAAUAUCUCCGCCGGGGAGCCCGCAACCUUGGUACCCGGCGUCUCAACCAAACGAUAUGGGAACUUCGCCAUUAAUCCACAAGAUAGCAAGUGGAUUAUAGCUAUCCUAGAAGAACAUCAAGGCUCCCGGCCCGAUCAAGUUGUGAAUAGCCUCGUUUCGAUUUAUGGCGAACCUGGAGAUACAAAGGUUGAAAGCGUAGCAAGGGGGAAAGACUUCUACUCGUCCCCUUCAUGGAGCCCCGACGGAUCCAAAAUUUCUUGGUUGCAAUGGGAGCACCCUGAUAUGCCUUGGACUGGCAGCCAGGUUUGGAUUGCUGAUUGGGUGGAUGGUAGACCGCAAAAUCAGAGAGCCGUAGCUGGAAAGCCUUUGGCGGAGAGCACUAGUCAGCCUAGGUGGAGUCCUGACGGCAAACUAUUCUACUGUAGUGACAAGACAGGAUAUUGGCAACUCUACCAGUUCUUGGAAGAUGGUUCUUCAAAACAUAUUACCCUUGAGGGACUUGACCAUGGAGAGUUUUCCCACGCUGAAUGGCAAAUAGGAUGGCAUUCAUACGACUUUCUUACUUCCACCAAGCUCGUUGCUAACUACACCGCCAAUGCAACAUCGAAGACUAUUCUCAUAGACAUAACAGAUAGUUCUUUCAAAGUCCUCGAUCUCCCCUUCGUUGAUACACAUGCAGCUUCAAUCCAUACUGUGUCGGAAUCAACGUUCACAAUUAUUACUUCAACCGCUUCGACACCAUCUACUCUGUACCUCUGUACAAUAUCUGGAAAAGAAGUGACUUACAAGCAGAUUGCCUGCUCUACGGAGAUAUCGGUUCCCUCAAAUCUUAUCUCAAAUGCCCAGCAUAUAAAAUUCCCUCGUAUCUCAUCCCCAGAGCCUGAUACGGAGGCUUAUGCCUGGUACUAUCCGCCGCAGAAUCCUGAGUAUAAAGCGCCUGAGGGGGCGCUUCCUCCUCUUGUAAUCUCCCUGCAUGGAGGUCCUACAGCACACUCAACUUGCGGACUUGCCCUCCCCAUCCAAUACUGGACCUCCCGAGGAUAUGCCUACGCCUACGUCAAUUACACUGGUUCAACGGGCUACGGUCGAAAGUUCCGUGAUGCCCUCAACACCAAAUGGGGUUUAGCCGACGUGUCCGACGCUGCAGACUGUGUCCAUUAUCUUGUCUCGCAAGGCCUAGUUGACAAAACUCGUGUAGGAAUUGUUGGGGGUAGCGCUGGAGGAUAUGGUGUUCUACAGGCAAUUUGCUCGUACCCCGACAUCUGGGCAGCUUGUGUGAGUAACUACGGCAUUAGUUCUCUCAGAGCUUUGGUCGAGGAUACGCAUAAGUUUGAAAGUCGAUAUAUGGACAAUCUUCUCUGGAAUCUAGAUGCAUCACAAGAGGUCAAAGAUCAAGUACUAGACGAACGAAGCCCAUUGCUAAGAGCUGGAAGUAUCAAGGCACCAGCUUUACUCCUUCAGGGCGUUGAUGAUCGAGUGGUACCAAAAGAGCAAGCUGAGGAGAUGGCCAAGAUUAUCAAGAGCAACGGGGGGGUAGUGGAAGUGGAACUCUUCGAGGGAGAAGGCCAUGGAUGGAGAAAGCAAGAAACAGUUGUUAAAGCAAUCAACUUACAGGAGGAUUGGUGGAGAAGGUACUUGGUGCGGGCUUAG